CGGGUCUCUUGACCAAUAUUUGCUGUAUUUAAAAUAACUACAACUAUUUUCUUCAACUUCUCAACUCACAAAUUUUGGUCUGCGCGCAACAUACAAACACGAUUAUCGACUUUUCUCUAGGGGUCGUAAUUAUCAUCGCCACCCGUUGCCAUACCGAUUUCUCCCUCAUCCGUGUACUUGUUGCCCGCCAAACCCCUGCAGCUAGCAGAGAUGGCCGCAUCACUUCUUUCAUAUGUGCCGAUCGUCAACCGGCUGGUUCCCCAAGAGGAGCCACUUGAAAUCAAGCUCGAACCGGUCGAAGUGCACAACGUCGAAACGGCGGCGGAGAAGCGGCCUAGAACGCUAAAGCACCUCCUUCGUGCAAAUCACGUGAACCACGCCAUCAUCUACCACGACCUCGAGUUCGACAACCACAUGCCCCACAUACUCUGCUCAGCCUACAUUCUGGGCGCAGAUGUGGCCAAGCUGCAUGAGAUUUAUGACGUUCAAAGCAAGGAGCUCGAGCCAUGGACCGACUCGCCGGCCGAGAUAAUCCAGGACGACUGGAGGGACUUUCUCGGGGAUAGGCGGUACCAGAGGGCCUAUAUUGACUUUUUCGAAGAUAACCUGGCUUUCGAGCACGGUUAUGACUGGAAGAAGGUCGUGGCUAAGUACAUGUUUGAGGGAAAGGAGCCGUUGGUUAACGGGCUGAUUGGAGGGUUGGCCCAUCCACUAAUCCAUCUCAGCUACGCCUACGAGAUGGAUAAUCGGGAAAUCGCCAUCGAGGCCCUAGGAAUGGCCGCAACGCAGUACAACUUUUUGCACCAGUACACCGAUGACCACUCCUAUACCAAACCUGCGCCAUUUUCGUCGACGAACCCCUCUGAGCUGAUCGAAAGGCUGUCUGCCGAUAAGCGCUUCGACGGCCUCUUCAGCGAGCCGGGCUUCGCCAACUUCCCGGCAGUCUUUGCCAAGCACGAGGACCUGCUGCUGGAGUACUGGAACGCGUGGGAGAUACGAGACGACCCCCUGCGGCAAUUUCGCGAGUCCCAGGAGCUGGCCGUCAACCUGCUCGUGGCCACCGUGCGGCCCGGCACGCACUCGUACAACUUCUUUGUGGUGCACCUGCUGACGAGCAGCCACGCCGUGAGGAUACUGCUGCCCUACGUCCCGGCCAAGUUCCACGUGGGCCUGGUGCGGCAGUGGUGGCUGUUGACGCUGGCCGUCUACAUUGCGAUGCUGCGGCCCAAGGUCGUGGAGGACGACGUGCCCGUGACGACUAAAGGAUGGGGCUACGUGGAGGAGCAGGCCGUCACGUCGAGGUGGUCGACUGAUUCACACUUUGUCAAGGGUAUUCGAGCCAUCAGGGAAGCAUCUCGGACGUGGGGAGAUGUUCACAACAGGUAUCUGAACGCGGCGGUGAGAUUUGUUGAUGAUUUUGAGGGUUGGGUCUUUUAAACUGGCCCAGGUGGGACUGAAGAGAAGAAAUCACUUGAAAUGCUUAAAAAAACGAUUCAUUAUUUUGCUCAUUACAGCUUGUCGUUCAC